AUAGCAUAAGUCUUUAUGUCCACGCUUUCUGAGGGAGAGAAUGUCUGGGAGGUAUGAGGAAGCAUCAGUGUGUUGCUGACCUUCACCAUGGACACACCCUCACAGUCUUCCUCCCUCCUGCUGCUGCUGCUGCUGCUGACUCCUCUCCAAGCUCAAGGAGGCCGCCGGGAGUGUAAUCCUCGGAGCUUCGGGUCUGACAGUGUGGUGUGUGUGUGUGACGCCAGCUACUGUGACCUGCCAGGCCGGUUGACCUUACCUGACCCAGGACACUACACCGUCGUCACCUCCUCCAGGGAGGGACUCAGGUUCCACACCGACACUCGGGAACUGGAAGACAAGCCAACAGCUGGUUCGGCGAGGCUGGUGCUGGAUGUGAACGAUCUUGGCCAGACGAUGCUGGGGUUCGGGGGCGCCUUCACCGACGCCGCCGGGAUCAACAUGGCUGGACUCUCAGCCCCCGCCCAGGACCUGCUGCUCAGGUCCUACUUCGACCCCGAGGGUGUGGAGUACGAGCUCUGCCGCGUACCCAUCGCUGGCACGGACUUCUCCGUCAGGCCCUACUCCUACAACGACGAUGUCGAAGACGAUAUCAACCUUGAGCACUUCGCCUUGGCCGAGGAAGACAGAUUAUAUAAGGUGCCGGUGAUCCUGCGGGCACAGGAGCUGUCGGAGCGGCCGCUGCGGCUCCUGGCCUCCCCCUGGGCGCCCCCGGCCUGGAUGAAGACCAACGGUAAGCUCAACGAGUCCGGGGAGCUCCUCCCGGAGAUGAGGCAGCCCUGGUCACACUACUUGGUCAGGUUCGUGAAGGAGUACGAGAAGGAGGGCAUCGCCAUGUGGGGCCUCACUACCCAGAACCAUCCUACUUCGGACGAUAUAAAGUGGAACUCUUGCGAGUGGAAGAAAGAGGACAUGAGGGACUGGAUCAAGGAGAGUCUGGGUCCCACGCUGGAGGCUGCCGGACUGGGAAGACUCAAGGUGAUGGUUGGCGAUGAAAACCGGGACGUGCUGCCGGAGUACCCUGGGGCGACACUGUCUGACCCAGAAGCAGCACGGUACGUUGAUGGCGUGGCGGUCCACUGGUACACUGACGCGCUGCAUGGACCAGAGCAUCUGGACCACACACACCAACUCUUCCCUGACAAGUUUAUCAUCUACACAGAGUCCUGUAUAGUUCCAGGGUUGAUGUUCUUCAACGACGCGGGGGAGGAGGCGGUGGUGCUGGGUUCCUGGUCCCGGGCCGAGUCCUACGCCGCCAGCAUCAUCCAGGUGGUGAACCACCACGUGUCCGGCUGGGUGGACUGGAACCUGGCCCUCGACAUGGACGGAGGCCCCAACUGGGCCGGCAACCAGGUGGAUGCCCCGAUCAUCGUCAACAAGAGAGCGGACGAGUUCUACAAGCAGCCCAUGUUCUACGUGAUGGGUCAUUUCAGCAAGUUUGUGGCGGCCGGGUCCAGGCUGGUCCCGUCGACGGUGGACCACAAGAACAUCCAUACCAGCGCCUUCCUCCACCCUGAUGGUCACACCGUCCUCGUCCUCCUUAACACGGGCGAGGAGGCGCGGGAGGUGAGCGUCGGGGUCGGGGACCAGGGCGUCGCCAACCUCCUCCUUCCCGCCAAAGCCAUCCAGACAGUGAUCAUAGCGGGGGAGCAGAAGGUGGCCAAGUCUCACUCCAAGACUAAGUACACGAGUCAGACACACUGUCUGGAGGACGACUGCCACUAGCUGCUGCUUGAUGUGCUCACUGUAGGAUGUGUGGGACGCAGCGCACCCUCCACCUGCUGCUCGUGCUGGAUAUAUUGCCGUCACCCCUCAAGUGCAACUCGGACGUCUGCUGCUGUGAUAUAUUUGUUGAUAUUUAACUUGUUCCCUACUGAGAUUUGAAAGUUAUCAACAAUUGUCGGUGUUGGGUCAACAUUCAAGUUAAAAUGAAUGGAUUGACUUCUAAUA